AUUUAUUGUCAAAUAUAUAGUUCAAAUAAUGUCUUCAAAAUUACUUCUUGCGGUAAUGUCUUAGUUUUUAUAAUUUUUGCAAGUAUAAUAAUAUUUUGAAGCUAAAAGGUUUAAUUUUAUGGAUAUUUUAUUUAAUAUAUUUACUAUUGCAGUAACAUAAGGUUGGAUCUGUUAUUAUGAAAGUAUGGAUUGGGUAGGACAGGAAGUGCAGUAUAUUAGCAAUGCCCAUAAAAGAUUAGUGGCAAAACAUCACCUGAUCUGUCUGAUUAUACUUUGUUUUUGGUUGAAGAAGAUUCUAAAAAAGGUAUAUAUCUCGAACCUACUCGUAGCCUAGAAUAUUACAUUUUAAGAAAUGGAGAUCUACUUGAAUAUCGCAAGAAACUUAGGAAAUUAAAGGUUAGUACUUUAGAUGGUACAUUGAAAACUUUGGUUGUUGAUGAUACUCAACCAGUUGCAAAUCUUAUGGCAGUUAUAUGUGCUAAAUUAGGCAUUACUAAUUAUGAUGAGUAUAGCUUAGUACGAGAGACAUCAGAAACUGAUGAAAAUAACUUAAACAUAGGAAAUUCAGUCAAAAGAGAUUAUAAAAUGGAACAUUUACGUAAAAAGUUAAAAACUGAUGAAGAAACCAAUUGGAUAAAUCCAGGAUCGAGUUUACGAGAGCAAGGAAUAAGUGAUAAGGAAGGUGUUUUAUUAAAACGAAAAUUUUUUUUCUCUGAUGGUAAUAUAGAUACUCAUGAUCCUAUUCAGCUAAACAUAUUGUAUGUUGAAACAAGAGAUGCAAUUUUAAAGGGAACUCAUCCAGUAACUGAACAUCUAGCAAUUCAAUUGGCUGGAAUACAAACCCAUAUUCAAUUUGGGAAUCAUGACGAGUUAAAACAUAGACCUCCUUUAUUAGAUCUUAAGGAAUUUCUUCCACAGUUUUAUAUUAAAGUUAAAGGUAUUGAGAAAAAAAUAUUUAAUGAACAUAAAAAAUACAUUAAUUUAGAAGAGCUUGAUGCUAAAGUUUUGUAUACUAAAACUAUAAGAGCUCUUCCAACAUAUGGAGUUACAUUUUUUUUAGUUAAAGAAGAAAUGAAAGGUAAGAGUAAACUUGUCCCUAGACUUCUUGGAAUAACCAAGGAAUCUGUUUUGCGGGUUGAUGAAAAAAGUAAAGAAGUUCUUCAAACUUGGCCUCUAACUAGUGUUCGUCGAUGGGGAGCUUCACCACAUACAUUCACCUUAGAUUUUGGUGAUUAUUCAGAUCGUUAUUAUUCAGUUCAAACUACUGAAGCUGAGCAAAUAUUACAGUUAAUUUCUGGUUACAUUGACAUUAUUUUAAAGAAAAAAGCUGCCAAAGAUUAUAUUGGAAUUGAUAGUAAUGAACAUUCUACUGUAUUGGAAGAUACAGUAAAUCCAUUUAAAGCGAUUUUAAUUGAAAAUAGUAAUCAAAAAAUUAAAACAGAAUCAGUUGCUAAGCCAGCUCUUCUUAGGAUUCCAGAGGCAUCUCCAUACACCACGGGGUAUAUUUCUGAAGAGCAAUAUACAUCUAUAGAAUUUACUUGUACUGAAGCAAUAACAGGGGUUAUGGAAGAUCUCGAUACUACUAUAUCUGAAGAUAAGUGGGAACAAGAGGUCGGAGAGAAAAAGUUUUCUGAUUACCGUGAAAGUAUAUUAAAGACAUCUAAAACUCUAGUAGAAAAUACUAAAUCACUUGUGGCUGGAGUUGGUGUAUCUAAGGAACAAGUUUAUGAAUCUUCUAAGAAUGCACUAUCAACAGUUUUACAAUUAGUAGAACAUGUAAAAGCUGGUGCAGCUUGUGUGGAUAAUCGUGAAGUUCAAAUAAAUCUUAUAAGGUCAGUAAAAAAUGUGGCUAGUGCUCUUGGAGAGUUAAUUUCUGGAUGCUUUGAAGUUUCCUCAAUGGACGAACUUAAGGAUAAAGCCAAAGUUUUAGUGACUAAUGUUACAACUUUAUUAAAAACUGUAAAAUCUGUUGAUGAUGAACGAACAAAAAAUAUUUUUAUCUUAGAAUCAACUGUUGAGGCUAUUGAAAAAGAACUACAGAAAAAUCGACUAAUUACAAACUAUGAAACAACUACAGAAGAAUUAAUUCAUUCUGCUAAGCAUAUCGAUGAAACUACAAAAAAAAUAUUGGAAAUUUCUAACAAUUGUAAACCUAAUGAUGUAGUAGAUGCAGUAACAGAAGGUCAAAAGUCUGUCACUAAGUUAUUGACAACUUGCCAUGGAAAAAAUUUGAAUGAAAAAGUUUUUGAAGCUGGACGUCAAGUUGUAGAAGAGUUUAAAGUUUUAUUAAAUACAGUUUUAGAAAACUCUAAAAAGCCAUAUUCAGAAUUUAAAAGUGAUUUAGAAGAAGCGUCUCAACGCAUAUCAUCAAAAGUUCAAUAUUUAAUUACCAUUGUUGAACAUAUUGAAACUAUUGAAUAUCAUUUAUUAGACUCUGCUACUUCUAUAGAUACUGCAGUAAAAAAACUUGAUUUGAUACAACCUAGGCCUUAUGAGUUUAAAGUUGAUGAAACCUGUUGGAAAUCUGAUGAGGUUAUAUUAGAAGCUAUAAAAUCAAUUGCUGCUGCAACAUGUGCAUUAGUAAAGACAGCUUCCCUUGCACAACAUGAAAUAGGCAUAGAAGAAGGUGUUGAUGGAUUAGUACAUGCUGCUAAAAUGGUAGCUGCUGCUACUCAUAAUCUUGUUGAUUGUGCACGAGAAAUUAUUGAAGGUAUAUCUACUGAAAACAAACUAAUAUCUGCAGCUAAUCAAGUAGCUACUUGUACAACACAACUUUUAGUUGAAUGUAAAGUUAGAGCUGAUCCAAAUAGUGAUGCUACUAAGAGACUUUUGGCUUCUGGUAAUGUGGUGAAACGUGCUACAGAAAAUGUUGUUCGAGCUGCAAGACAAGCCAUGAAAGCUGAUGAUAUGAAACGUCUUAUAUUAGAUGAAAGUAUAGUUGGUGGUAUGGCACAAGAGAUAGAUGCCAGAUCAGAUGUAUUAAGAAUUGAACGUGAACUAGAUGAAGCAAGAAAACGAUUAAUAGUUAUUAGACAAGCAAAAAAUAAAAAUAUUGACAGUUAUUAAAUUAAUCUCAUAAAAUAUUAACUAACAUUAUUAUUUUAUUUUAUUUGCAUUUUGUAAUAAUAAGUAAUUGUAUUAUUGAUUAAAAAUCUUGCUUUUGUAAAUAACAUAAAUUAUGCUGAUUAAAAUUAUUUUUUUAAUCUUGCUUAAAAAUAAUGAAGAUUCAAGUACUAAGAUAUUUUAUAAGUUUUAAUGUUAUUUACAAGUUUUUUUUUUCAAAAUUUGUAUGCUAUAAAUAUAUUAGUUGGUAUAACCAUGUUUAAAAAAACAAAAUUGCUUACAUAUAUGCUUUUAUAGAAAUGUAUAAUUUAUUAUUUAGUUCUGGUAUUGUUAUUAUUUUUGACUAAUUUAUUAACUAUUUUUAUUAAAAAAUUAGAUAUUUAGUUUUUUAUUUUUCUGACUCAAUUUUUAUUUAUUAAUAUAAGAAUGCUUUCAAAAUUUUAUGUUUGAUACAACUGAUCCAAUUAAGUUCUU